UUUUAAUUUUUUUAAUUCACGAGCUUUCAAUGCCAAAACGCUAAAAAAUAAGAAAAUAGAAAAAAGAAAAUCCUUCCUCUAUGUAUCAAAGCAGAGCAACCAUAAAAGAUAAAGAAUGAAUCAAUCAAUAGUAACAGUAAUCAGAUAAAUAGAGAUUCGAGCGAGAAAGAGAGAGAGAAGAAGCUUUCAGCUUUUUAAAAUGAUCUGAUCGGUUAGGGCUUUUCGUUCUGAGGAAAUUCAAUUCAAUUAUCGUUUGGAAAUACUUCAGCGAUUUAAGAUAUUGGGGUUUUUUUUUUUUUUUUUUUUAAUUUAUUGUGCUUAAUUGUCUUGCAUGCUACUGUAUAAUUUGCUAGAUUGGAUACUUUCAGAGUGUAUGGACUCUUUUACAGCCAAUUUCAUUUGUUAGUAUGUUUUUGUGGUUGAUAGUUAUUGUUUGAAGAGGAAUUUCUAUUUCAUUUGACCUUAGCUUCCCGUCUUUUUAGAACUGAAACAAUUGCUUAGCUUGUUAUGAGCUUAAUUCUUUAAUUUGGCUCGUGAUUGCAUAUGCUUUGAAUUUCUUGUUAGUGGAAGUGUUUUGGUCUCUUUGUUUGUAUAUAUAACUUCGGGUGUGCAUUUUUUUUUUUUUUUUUGGGUUGGUUGUUUAGAGAGAUUGCUGUUUGCAAUGGUGUUUAGAGAUGCACUCAAGGGACCAAAAGUGAAGGUGGAAGAUAGUGGUUGUGAUUCAGCAGUAAAUGUUAGUUUGCAGAAUUGUGAUGUGUCUCAGCUUCCUGUAUAUUUUCGGGAAGAAUCGGGAAUUUCCCAGAAAAAAUUUCAGUCUUUGGCGUUCAUUAUCUUAUCGAGAAGUGUUGAUUCAGAUAAUGUUGGAAAUAGGUUGCUUGAAAGACAGGUGCUUGGUUUUGAUUUGGGUCAAAUAUGGCUAAAGGAAAUGAAAUCAGCAGUUGUGGAUAGAAAUGGAAAAAAUCAUAAUGCCCAUGCAUCAGAUGAUUGCCUCUUGCCUGGUCUUCAUGAAGACACAGCAUUAGAUAUAUUGGCUUGGAGCUGCAGAUCAGAUUAUCCAAGUUUGGCUUGUGUGAAUAAAAAUUUUAAAAGAUUGAUUAGAAGUGGAUAUUUAUAUAGAUUGAGACAGAGGCUUGGCAUUGUUGAACACUGGGUAUAUUUAGCUUGUAUUUUAAUGCCUUGGGAAGCUUUUGAUCCAGUGAGGCAAGGAUGGAUGCGAUUGCCUAGGAUGCCAUGUGAUGAAUGUUUUACUUAUGCAGAUAAGGAGUCUCUUGCAGUAGGUACUGAACUACUUGUUUUUGGCCGUGAGUUGUCAGGAUUUGCUAUCUGGAGGUACAGCUUGAUUUCUCAUGAUUGGUCCAGAUGCCCUCCAAUGGACUUGCCUCGUUGUCUGUUCGGUUCAAGCAGCCUUGGGGAGUAUGCCAUUGUUGCAGGGGGAAGUGACAAUAAAGGACACAUUCUAAGAUCUGCCGAGCUUUAUAAUUCUGAACUAGGUUUUUGGCAAGCUUUGCCAGAUAUGAACUUGCCACGUAAGCUGUGUUCAGGAUUCUUUAUGGAUGGGAAAUUUUAUGUUAUUGGGGGUAUGUCAAGCCAAACAGAAUGUUUAAGCUGUGGCGAGGAGUAUAACCUUGAGACAAGGACCUGGAGGAGGAUAGAGAACAUGUACCCUGUUUCCAGCAUAGGUCAUCCGGCCAUGCGUUCUCCUCCUCUAGUUGCUGUUGUGAAUAAUCAACUUUACUCUGCUGAUCAAGCAACAAAUGAGGUCAAGAAAUAUGACAAAAACAAUAAUUCAUGGAAUGUAGUGAAAUGGUUGCCAGUUAGGGCUGACUCUUCUCAUGGUUGGGGCUUAGCGUUUAAAGCAUGUGGUAAGAGCUUAUUAGUGAUUGGGGGACAUAGAGGUCCUGAAGGUGAGGUUAUUGUGUUGCAUUCUUGGGAUCCACAGGAUAGAAGUAUGGAUGGGCCAGGAUGGAAUGUUCUUGCUGUCAAGGAGCGAGCAGGUGCUUUUGUAUACAAUUGUGCUGUGAUGGGAUGCUAAUGGUCCGAUACAUACUUGUCUUUAGUGCAAACUUUGACUUGUGUGCGUAAUCAAAUGCUAAAAUUGAUUGGCGAAGGUAACACUUGUUUUUCUUGGUAUAAUUUGUGGAAAAUCUUGUGUUUUUCCAUUUUUUUUGGUGCUUAUUUAUUUUAUAGAAUUUAGAUUAUCAUAAUUGGCCUUACCUUGACAUUGUGAUUCAUAAUGAUUUAUUCCAAUCCCCAUUAUGCUUACAAUUGUAGAUAAACUUCUUGCUUUAACAAUGGUUUUUGUCCAUGCUUUGUGAAAUGUUGCUCUUUCUUAUUGAUUGAAUUGUCGAUUAUAUGUGUAGUAGUAGUGGACUACUCUCCUAUAGGACAUUUCAUGGUCAUCUCAUGCUCUGUCUCAUUUUUUUUCGUGACCUGCUUUAAGUUUAUCCUGUCAUUGUGCGGAUGGAAUUACUAGAAAACUUCAAAGCAAAGGAAGGAUAUUUGUUCAGCUUGAUGUCCUGCAGAAUUUUGUAUUGCGUCACCAUACCAUGAGAAAAGUGAAGAAACUGCAGAUUUGAUUAUUUGGUUUCAUCAUGUGUAUUUCCUGAUAUGCUUUUUUACUAUAAUGGUAUAAUCAAUGAACAUUAGUGAUUUUUCAUCAUACUCUUUUCCUUUUCUUCGGUGUAUUAUGAUUGAGAGAGGGGACUCGGAACUUGGGUCUCUGUGAAGCCAAGUAAGCCUACAAGUGCUAAGUUCCUGUAUAAUUGGAUACAAUGUCCAGUGAACUAGAAAAUAACAUUUCUUGUCACAAAUUUUAGAAAACCUAGUGAAAUGACCAAAUUUUGCUGUUUGAA